AUGGAACCUGAAAGCGUCGUAGCUGCUGAUGGGGCUGAUUGUGCUACUGAAUGUCAACUGAAAAAGAUGGCAUUAAUGAAAAUGGCACUUCAGAGAACUCAGGAGCAUGUUCCACUCAACAUCCUAUGGAGGCAUCUGAGAUUGAACAAGUGGAUGAUGACUCGAAACAGAUGA